CUAGAACCUUUGAAAAUAAGGGACAGAAAGCGAAGCGAGAGAGGAGAGAGCAGCCGAACAAAUUCAGGAUAGAAAAUAGAUUGUCGAGAAAAGCAGAGUCAACAAAUAAGGAGUCAUAACAAUCAAUAAGGAGUGAGGAAGCUAGAGAUGGCGGAUUACGAAGGCAACGGCGGUGAAGAUCUGGAUAAUUACGGUGGUGUUUCUUCCCCGCAACACCGAACUAACAGCCACGGUGGUGCCGACGAUUUCAGUGACUCCAGAUCUCAACAUUCUCGUGAUGGAGAUAAUAAGGAAAGAGGUUCGUCAAGGAGCAAGGACAGAGACAGGGACAGGGAAAGGGGGCGAGAUAGGGACCGAGACAGUGAGCGUGGUAGGGAUAGGGAUAGGGAUAGGGAGAGGGAGAGGGAUAGGGAGAAGGACAGGGAUAAGGAUCGUCAUCACCGAGAUCGACACAGGGACCGAAGUGAGAGAAGAGACAGGGAGAGAACCAGAGACAGGGAUGACGAUGAUUAUCACAGGAGUCGGGAUUAUGACCGGAGGAGAGAUUAUGAUAGAGAUAGAGAGGACAGGCGCCGGCAUAGAUCCAGAUCUCGGGAGGAGAGGUCAGAGAGACGAUCAAGGUCACGCUCUCGAUCUCGCUCGAAGAGCAAAAGGAUCAGUGGCUUUGACAUGGCACCUCCGCAGUCUGCCUUGCUUCCGGGUGUGACUCCUCCUACAGGUCAAUUACUUGGUACCACACCAACUGUUCCUGGAUUAUUUCCAAACAUGUUUCCUCUGACACCUGGACAGUACCCACCUCUUCCGGUGAUGCCGGUUCAGGCAAUGACUCAACAGGCAACUAGACAUGCUCGACGAGUUUAUGUUGGUGGACUUCCUCCCACAGCUAAUGAACAGUCUGUGGCAACAUUCUUCAGCCAUGUGAUGUCCGCAAUUGGUGGAAACACUGCUGGCCCAGGGGAUGCUGUUGUGAACGUUUACAUCAACCAUGAGAAGAAAUUUGCUUUUGUGGAGAUGCGGUCGGUUGAGGAGGCUAGUAAUGCCAUGGCAUUGGAUGGCAUUAUCUUUGAGGGAGCACCAGUUAAAGUUCGAAGGCCCAGUGAUUACAACCCUUCCUUAGCUGCUACUCUUGGUCCCAGCCAGCCUAAUCCGAAUUUGAACCUUGGGGCUGUUGGACUGACCCCUGGUUCUGCUGGUGGACUUGAGGGUCCAGAUCGUAUCUUCGUGGGUGGUUUGCCUUAUUAUUUCACAGAAGCUCAGAUCCGAGAGCUGCUAGAGUCUUUUGGACCACUUCGUGGUUUUGAUCUGGUUAAGGAUAGAGAAACAGGCAACUCAAAGGGCUAUGCCUUUUGUGUCUACCAGGAUUUAUCAGUUACUGAUAUUGCUUGUGCUGCUCUUAAUGGGAUUAAGAUGGGUGAUAAAACUCUUACUGUUAGACGUGCAAAUCAAGGCAAUGUACAACCUAAACCUGAGCAAGAAAGUGUUUUAUUGCAUGCGCAGCAACAGAUUGCUAUUCAGAAGCUUAUGUUACAGCCUAUACCCACCUCCAAGGUGUUGUGCCUGACAGAAGUGGUUAGUCCUGAUGAACUAAUUAACGACGAUGACUAUGAAGACAUACUUGAAGACAUGAGACUGGAGUGUGGAAAAUUCGGUACUCUGGUGAACUUGGUCAUUCCGCGCCCUGGUCCCAACGGUGAAGUUUUACCAGGUGUUGGAAAGGUAUUUCUGGAGUAUGCAGAUAUUGAGAGUGCUACAAAAGCACGAAACGGCCUGCACGGGCGGAAGUUUGGUGGGAACCAGGUGGUGGCUGUCUAUUAUCCAGAAAACAAGUUCUCAGAAGGGGAUUACAGUGGCUAA